GUACAGUGGACCCCUUGUGGAUUGUACUAAAAAUGUUUUGUUUUGAUCCGAACUGUCGUGUGCGCUGUCAAAAUAUUCUCGUGUAAAAUGGCUCUUGCGAGUGCUUUAAAAUCCGGAAUUUUGCGAAUAAACACGGCUCUACUCAACAAUGUGAGACCAUUCAGUAUCACAUCUGUGAAGCAACUUAAAGAAAUAAAGGAAACUACCCAAAAGGAUGCGCUGGUCAUCAGUGCGGAAUACGUUGCCUCUCCGCGAUCAAAUCAGAUGCUGCAGCAGGUGACGGAGGCCAAAUGUGGAAGUGGACAACAAUUCUGUCCCCAGUGCAGCCUGGGGUUGGAUAUCAAGCAUACGGAUGUGCUGAUCUUGAGCCAGUAUCUGCGCAGCGACGGAUGCAUGCUUCCACGCCGGAUUACUGGAUUAUGUAAGCGUCAGCAGCGACGAAUCGGCUCACUGGUUAUUAUGGCCCAGAAAGCGGGACUGAUGCCGAACAUUGGUCCUUCGUGGAGCAAGAGAGAUCCCAAGAAACGAUACCAGUGGAAGAAGUAUAACAAAUAUUUCGACGAGAGCACCAUUAAAUGUUAGAAUGUUGAUUGUUGGAAUAAUAUAGCGAUUUGAUAAGCAGGACUGGUA